ACACACCCACCACCACGCCACUAUACGGAGUUCCAUCCCUAGAAAGAAUCCAAAGGAAGGCAGAAAAAAAGACAAGCAGGAAAAGAAAGAAAGGAAAGAAUGACAUCCCACCAAACACGCACCCGCACCCUGGUCGAAUGGGCCCUGUCCCUGUCCUACGACACCCUCCCCGCAGACGUCAUAAACCGCACCAAGGACUUCUUCGUCGACACCCUGGCCUGCGCCGUCGCAGGCCGGGACCACAUCGCCGUGACCGCGAUGCUGGAGUACGCGAAGACAAUGGGUCCUGCGGACGGGAAGUGCGAGGUCAUCGGGUUCAGCGAUGUGCGGACGUCUCCGGCCUUUGCGGCGCUGGUGAAUGGGGCCUCGGCGCAUGUUGUUGAGCAGGAUGAUUUGCAUAACAGUUCUGUGAUGCAUCCGGCGACGAUCAUCUAUCCUACUGCGUUGGCGGUGGCGCAGGAUGUUGGGGCCAGUGGGAAGGAGUUUAUCACUGCUUGUGUGGUUGGGUAUGAAUUUGCUUGUCGGGCUGGGGAGUAUCUAGGGAAGGCUCACUACGAGAAAUUCCAUACGACAGCUACAACAGGCGUGCUUGGUGCAGCUGCAACAACGGCGUAUCUGCUCCGCCUCAACGCGGACCAGUUUGUCUCUGCAAUCGGUACGGCUGGGACGCAGGCUGCCGGGCUGUGGCAGUUUCUACUUGACGCGACACAUAGCAAACAGGUUCACACGGGGCAGGCGUGCGCGACCGGUGUUUUCUCAGCUUAUACCUCUGCAUCAGGUCUCCUAGGUACAGCCGAUAUCCUGGAAGGGUCGAGGGGAAUGGGUGCUGCGCUAGGGAAUCUUGAUCCGACGCCGAGUGCGAUUGAUGGCGAUCUAGGGAAGAAGUGGUCUGUGCUUGAGUCGAGUUUCAAGUGGCAUGCUUCGUGCAGACAUACGCAUCCUUCGGCUGAUGCGCUGCUGGCGCUGCUGAAAGAGGACGGUGUUAAGUAUACUGAUAUUGCGAGUAUCACUGCGUACACGUACAAAGCGGCAAUUGAUGUGUUGGGUCUUAGUGGGGAAGGGAAGACGGUGCAUCAGAGCAAGUUCUCGAUGGGGUUUGUGUUGGCUGUCGCCGCGAAGAAGGGGUCCGCUGGCUUGAUGGACUUUACGGAGGCUGAUUUGGUGGAUCCUGAGCUGCGGGAGUUGCAAGGGAAGGUUAACAUGGUGCUGGACGAUGAUAUAAAUAAGGAGUUCCCGGCUCGAUGGCUGGGGAGGGUUGUUGUCGAGACGAAAGACGGCAGAACAUUAACAAGGUCAGUGGAUGUCGUGAAGGGCGAUCCAGGUUGGACGUUGACUAGGGAGGAGAUUGAGUCAAAGGCUCUGGCGCUUGCAAAGUAUGGCCACGUCCAGGACAUUCCUGCGUUCAAGGAUGCUGUGCAGAGGAUAUGGAAUUUGGAGUCUCAGGACAAAAUAGAGAAAUACUCGUUUGCUUAAGGACUGAUUUAAAUACAAUGCAUAGUCAAAUCCAUCGUGGC